AUGGCCGAACGCCUUCACCUGGAGGAACUCACCGCCGCCCAGUUCAUCACCGUGUGGAACCAGUUUGACCAGCACGGUCAUGGCUAUAUUGAAGAAAAGGAGCUGGAGAACUUCUUCAUGGAGUUGUUGGCAUCGUGCAGUGGAACCUCCACGGACGCUGCGUACAAGAAGAGGAUUCAGGAGCUGAAGAAAAACUUCCACACAAGCGCUGGCGGGAGGAUGGAAAUGUCCGAGCUGGCGCAGAUCCUGUCCACCGAGGAAAACUUCCUACUGUGUUUCAGACAGUUUAUGGGAUCCAGUGCUGAGUUCAUGAUGGCGUGGAGGAGCUACGACACGGACCGCAGCGGAUUCAUCGAAUCCAACGAACUAAAGAGUUUCCUUUCAGACCUCCUGAAAAAAGCCAACAGGCACUACGAUGAUAAAAAGCUUACGGAGUAUACACAGACUAUACUGAAGAUGUUUGACCUGAAUGGUGAUGGGAAGCUGGGACUGUCCGAGAUGGCCAGGCUGCUUCCAGUGCAGGAGAACUUCCUUCUCAAGUUCCAGAACUUUAAACUGUCCCCUGAUGAAUUUGCUGACAUCUUUACUUUCCACGACAUGGAUGGAAACGGUUACAUAGAUGAAGAGGAGCUGGACGCGCUGCUGAAGGAUCUCUACCAAAAGCACCACAUGGAGGUCGAUGGAAACACUUUAAGCAGUUUGAAGAGCAGCAUCAUGGCUCUGUCUGAUGGAGGAAAACUUUUCCGUGCUGAGCUGGAGAUCGUCCUGUGCAAAGACCCCUCUGUCUGA